GACGGGCAGUCUUACAGCGGCUGCCUAACGGUCUUUUCGGUUACCGGCUGCGUGUUCUAGUCUAACCUGUCUGGACGGUUCUCUGCUUCCACACCAUGAAGUCUCUGACUGCUGGACUCUGCCUGCUGGCCGUGCUGGCCUCCACAAUGGCCCAGGUAACCACAGAGGCGUCAAACAGCACCACCGCAGCGCCUUCAUCCAACUCCACCUCAACACCAGUUAACAGCACCACCGCAGCACCUUCAUCCAACUCCACCUCAACACCAGUUAACAGCACCACCGCAGCGCCUUCAUCCAACUCCACCUCAACACCAGUUAACAGCACCACCGCAGCACCUUCAUCCAACUCCACCUCAACACCAGUUAACAGCACCACCGCAGCGCCUUCAUCCAACUCCACUUCAACACCAGUUAACAGCACCACUGCAGCACCAUCUAACAGCACCACGGUGAUGCCAUCUAACAGCACCACGGUGAUGCCAUCUAACAGCACCACGGUGAUGCCAUAUAACAGCACCACAGUGAUGCCUUCAAACGUUACCACCGUCACUCAGAGCACAACAAAAUCCAGCAGCCCUGAUACUAAAGCUGCGCUCAUGUCCUGCGUCCUGCCUGCUCUUUAUCUGCUGUGGAGCUGAACGUUAACUGAGCUUAUGAUGAACUAACUCAGUGCCCCGGGGGAUGUGACCCCACCCCCCCAUCCUCCCACUAAAGACUGCCUGUUGGACUUUCAGGGUUUUCAGAAAAGCUGAUGAUGUUUUGGUCGAGCUGACCAAAACUGAAUGACGCAAAACACUGUUUUCCAAAAGUUGUAGCACUGUUUGUUGACGAUGAAUGCAUCAUAAUUAUAUUUUUAUCUCUUUCUGAAAGAAUUUUCCUGGAGAACCACAAAAUCUUAAAUGUCAAACCAUCUCAUUUUUAUAUUAAACAUGUUAAAUCACCAAUAAAGACUGAAUCUACACUUGAGAUCAUCAAA